AGUAACAUGACAUGCAGUGAUCGCUCUUUCAAUCUUUUCAAAAACCAAUUUAUUUCUCUUUUCAAGACUUAUUUCUCUCGUAGUCAAAUAAUUCCUCAAUGGAAACGAAUAAAAAAGAUUACAUAGGAUCACCAUUACGAAUGCAGCCAGCAUCAGUAUCAGGAGCAUCGACUCCAACCUUGGAUUUGGAUGGUUUGUCCUGGCCUUGUCAAGGAACACAAGAGCGAAUCGAAACAGAAGAAGAUCAAAAAGUUGAAAAGAUUUCUGAGGCUGUCAGGACUAUUUUAUCGUGUAUUGGCGAGGAUCCUCAGCGACAAGGAUUAUAUGGUACACCAGAACGUUAUGCAAAGGCAAUGCUUUAUUUCACUAAAGGAUAUGAAGUGAAUUUACGUGAAGUUAUAAAUAAUGCGGUUUUUGAAGAAGAUCACGAAGAGAUGGUGAUAGUUAGAGACAUUGAUGUAUUCAGUUUAUGCGAACAUCAUUUGGUUCCUUUCACAGGAAAGAUUCACAUUGGCUACAUUCCUCGUAGACGAGUUUUGGGUUUAUCUAAGCUUGCAAGAAUUGCAGAUAUGUUUUCUCGUCGUCUACAAGUACAGGAGCGUUUAACGAAACAAGUAGCACAAGCAGUUCAAGCAGUGCUGAAACCACAAGGUGUAGCUGUUGUCAUGGAAGCUUCGCACAUGUGCAUGGUGAUGCGAGGAGUGGAAAAGCCUGGAAGCAGCACGGUUACUAGUAGUCUAACCGGCAUUUUUCAAAGAAGCAGUAAAACUCGUGAGGAGUUUUUCCGCUUAAUUGGAAAGUUCUAAAAUUGUUGCUAGGAUAUCCUUACAUAAAAACUAGCAUAUGUAUAUUGCAGAGUAUGCUGUACAUAUGAACAGGCUCGUUUAGAUGGUAUUUUUGGAUGCUUCUUUUAUUUUUGGCAAUAGGUUUUUGGUCAUUUUCAGGUCACAAGGGAUUGCUUAGAUAUGUUAAUAAAGCAGAAAGCAGAAAGGAAAAAGAAACUUACGUUUCUGUUUAUGAUCAAAUACUUACUUUAGCACGUUAUUUUUUUGUUUUAUCGCAAAAGAAAUUGAAGGAAGACAUUAUGGGGUUUUUUCUGUUUCAUAUAUUUAUCUUGUUCAACCAAGUUACUAAUUAAUUUUUGAAGACCUCUUUCCGGAUAGUUCGACAUUGGAACAUUCGCAGACUUAAAUUUUUAUUGUUUAAUGAUUCCAUAAAUUGGGGUUUUAGUGAAAUGCAGCACUUUUUUUUUAAUUUUUCAUCCUCUUUGAAGCGAAUCUGCUGCGAUUGACUCAACGUGAUUAGAGGAUUAGGAGAAUGAUUCUCUCAUUCCCCUUCUCAUAUUACAUACCCAAUCCUAUUCUGUAUUAAUUGUUCAACCAGUUUACGAGUUACUGAAUGUUAUUUACUCAAAAAUCUACAAGCAGCCCCCUCUUUACAUUCUAUUUAACUUAACGUAGUUUGCAUGUCCUACAUAUUAUUUCUUGUUUAAUCAGCUAAGUAAUCGCUAGGAAUACUGAGUCUCCAUAGCUGUUAAUAGUCUAC